AUGUCACGUGGUAUUUCAGGAGGCAGGCAAUCAAGUGAUAAAAUUUAUCAAUACGAGGAAUCGCUGUAGAGUUUGUUUAUGCUCUCAAAACGAGACGACGAGUUUAGUUUUGCAGAAUGAACAGUUCGAGUACAAGUUUAGUAUUACUUACUCUCAGAACAUCUACGGUCGCUACUGACUGCAUCCUGAAAAGAAACAAUGAUCACUUCCACUCAUAAUUUGCCAUCAUCGUCUUUAAGAUAAAAAGUUCUUUCUUUGUUAUCCAGAAUAAACAAACUCCACCGCGAUUUCUUGCAAUGGCAGGUUUGAUCACUUGUUUGCACCCUGAAAAUUCACGUGACAUUGCUUUAUCCCAUCAGUCCUAAAGCGCGUGCAAAGAUGGCGGGUAUCGCGAAUAAGGUCUAUCACCCCACAUUAACUAAGAAACAAAAUAACCAUUAUUGCUCUUAGAUUUCGUAUAGAACUUGUCUGUGUCACUUACUUAGAGAUUUCCGCCUUAUAGAGAGUCAUGAGACGGACAUCUCCUUAAGACAGACACUCAGUGCCGAGAGAGAGUUGUUGACUGUAUUCUAAUAAUAAGCGAAUCCCAACAAAUUAACAGUUCACAAUAAUAGACUACUAAGUGUUUCCCAAGACUCCCAAGAUUACAGUUGGAAGCCAAACACGCUUGUUAGAUAUGGUCAUCCUCGUUUCCAGGAUUCCGGCUCUCUUACUUGUCACCCGGGGUAGGAGAGGAAUCUAGGAACGAGGUUGAGGGAGGCUUUCACUAGCCUCCCACGCAGGCGUUUUUAGGGGAACUGUAUUUCGUCCCUCCCCACAAACGCAGUUUGUGGGGAGGGAAGAAAUACGAGUUCCCCUAAAAAUGCCUGCGUGGGAGGCUAGGCUUUCACCAGUGCAGUGCUUGUAGUUUGCCACGUAGUUAUCACUACUGUUUUGUACGUGAGAUGAGAUCGACUGACUUAGUUUUGUCACUAUUAUUUAGUUGAGGAAAUAAUUAGAAGCACAAUAAUUGUUUUUGGCAGGAAAAGCUGUUAAACCACAAUCUUCCCAUCUGGUCAGAACGAUAUUCAUGGCCGGGGAUGAAGUUUCUUCCGCCACGACAAAAGUUCAUGGUGGCCGUCUAUAUCAUUCUGUAUAACCUUACUUAUUUAUAGCGCCGACAGAAAAAUGACCAAAAUAUCAUUUCGAUUAACUCAGACUAGUUAAUCGCAUUAGUCUCAGGUUCACGGAAGCGAAAGCCUUAUGUAGGAAGUCAUUUAUGCAUUUAUAAAACCGAUAUGUCAGCCGGGUUAAUGUGAAUAAUACUACAAGAUAGGACUAAAAAAGCAUUGUGAAGUUUGUCAUCUUUAUUGCGAAAAUUUGAAGGGCAUGAAUUUCCGACUUGAGGGCCAAAAUAAGUUUUACUAUCGUAAUAACUUCUAUUACAACCAAUUUUUUUUUUUGCAAAUUAGUCAUAGCCUGCGUAGCAAUCGUUUCCGGGCGAGUUAGUCGAGGAAGUUGGGACGAACAGGCUAAAUUAGCUAUUAAAUUAAGCAUCGUGCGUGUAUGAACUCAUUAAAAGUUUAAAAGUUCUGUAUGACUUAUCCAUUCACCCCCGCAUCAUCAAUUUGGGCGUUUUUAGAGUAACGAACUUCCCUACGAUGUCGAAAGUUUGGUUUUUGACCUUUUAUUUUCCAGUUAUGACACUUAUUCCCAGAAAAUAAACCCUAGACUGCGGUGCAGCCGGCCCACGUAUCACAUAUACUGUGGAUAUAGUCCAAGGUUUAAAGGGUCUGCGCGCAGGCUAAUAAACCCCUGAAUUUUCCGUUUUGGACAUAUAAUCAGAAAUCGAAAGUUUCCGUCAGGAUCUUUACUUCAUAGCUCAGUUUGGUGAAUGACGCCUAAGAUUUUCGUAAAAUUAUCUUUAAAAAGCUCUAAAAAGGCUAAAUUGGGGCCCUUGAAAUACCAAACAGAAAGAAAAUAGAAAGCUAUUGGUUGGGUGCCUGCGAAGAUUCUCGAGCGACAGAAAUUUUCUCGAACUGAUAUUCAGUACGACAAGAGAACAAUCGAGCAAGCCAAGAUAAUUUAACCACCACAUACCAAUUCAUCCGUGAAUCAGCUAUGCGGGUGAACAUUUUCCCGAUAUCAAAGUAAUACCAGCGCAAAAAUACUGGCUCUCAAACGUCAACGUGCUUGAUGUUCAUUUACCCCAUUUGAGCUCGACUGAUUACCCGAGUGGGUAAAGCCUCCAUGUUAGAUCCACCUGGUGUCCCGAAACAUUUAAUUACCAUAUAAAUGUAUUAUAUCACCAGAACCCAUGUUAACCGCCUAAAUAACCUUGUGAAAAUUUAGCAAUUUAGCAACAUUUUACCCCGUUUACCCUAGGAUAUCCACUUUUCGUCCUGUAUGUUCAUGUUUACCCUUACAUUAUCCACAUUUCACAACGUUUACUGGUGUUUACCCCUAUCUGUCCACGUCUCACAGCGUUUGCUUGUUUUUAUCCAUAGGUAUCCACGUUCCACAACGUUUACUGGUGUUUACCUCUAUUUAUCCACGUCUCACAGUGUUUGCUUAUUUUUAUUCCUAAGUAUCCACGUUUUACAGCGUCUAAUAGUGUUAACCCUAAUUUACCUACAUUUCACCACGUUUACUGUUCACCCAUAGUUAACUUCGUCUCACCCUGUUUACCCCAUAUAUACGGGAAGCCUGGUGGGCCUUACAUGGUAGCAUUACCCAAGACUGGGUAGUAUAGGCGUCGCGUAGAAAACAAAGAAGGGAGUUGGGUGGAGAUGGUAGGCCACACGAGCUACAUUUACGCUAGCAAAUUGACAUGGAAAACCUCUAUAAAACGGCUAGUGGUGUAAACGGGGAACUUGAGAAGGUUUCCCUAGUCGAAGAAAAACUGAUCGUGUAAACGGGCGCAUACUACCAUCAGAUUCUCGUUUAAUACGUAUACCAGGGUUGUCUGUUACCUUCUCUCUCUCGCUCCGGAGUGACGAGUAGGAGAGAACCCUGGGAACGAGGUUGUCUUUAUCAUUGAUAUACUCCCACCUUACCCGCACUCCGUCCAUGCAAAUAAAAAGCACCGUUGCUCUUUCAACCACGUGUCUAGCCCGCGAGUGAGCACUCCAUUUACAGCAAACGAAGCGAACUGCGAGAGAACGCGCAAGAGAGCGACGAGGCACUCGCGUCUCCUUUAGCGCGCCGCUCUCGCGUGACUUUUCGUGACUCCCCUAAAUACAUGGAGAGCUUGCCCGAAGGCUACCACGUAAAAGGGGACACACAUCAGUCCUCAACUGACACUCACAUAGCCAACAAUCUCAGAAGUUGACCACAAUUGGAAAGGUUCAGCAUGUGACUUGACUAUGUGGUUUCCGUGGGUCUUGUUGCUGAGCAACACGUGCGAAUCGAGUGUCGGAUCAGGGAACUGACACCUUUCCGUUUCUUCUCUUUUAUAUUUGUCAGGAAUCAAAGAAAGAUUACCAUGAAAAGUUUUCCGUGUUUUCCCUGCGGAUAUUUUCUCACUGAUCAAUGAAAGAUUCUUUUCCACAUAGUGAUGAACUGAAAUUACCUAUGAUCUGUAACUAAUUUUAAGUAGUAGUAGUAUGUGGCAUAUUUUAAUUGUUUACAUGAAGUACCAAAACACGUCAUAUAAGAUGUAUUUCACUGACCUGUAUAUUUCUGUAAAUUCGUGAUUUCUCAUAAAACUCUCAUAAAGACUGGUAUUGGCCAGUAAGAAUAUCCUUUCUAAGAAAAAACUGAAAAUGUUUUUUAAGUAUCGCUUUAAAAUCCAUAACAGGUAUAGCUACGAAAGGAAAUGAUUAUUCAGGUUUGAUUUUUGGCAGCGGAUGUUUUGGAUAAAAGCCGACUGCAUUGCAUCUUGACGGAAGCAUAUAACCUUGAUCUUGACAUAUCGGACAAAUGAAGCAUCAAUAUUCAAUUUAAAACUCCUGUCCCGUGUCUGCGGAAGAUCGAUCAGUUUUUCGAGAUUCUCCAGUCAAUACUUUCUUUUAUAUCGGAUCAGUUAUUUUUUUUAACUCAUCGAGCAGUUUUUGUGCGAUAAAAUGUACUAAUCAGCCGAAUUUUUCAAGUUUUAUAGGACGUAUAAUAAAUUCUAUUUUGUUUUGAGCGAUGAUUUUACCUUACUUUUUGAAAGGCCGGGAGGGCGGACAUUUUCGAUGGUCAAAUUCUUUUUUAUCAGUUUUUGUCAGCUUAUUCCUGAUUGGGCAACGAUUUUCUGUCACAGUUAUGCAAAAUAAGUUUGAUGACAUUGCGGGGUAUUGCAUCUUAAGAGAUAUCUUUGUUCCCGUCUGAAGAUGCCAUCUGCGUAUUUUGUAAGACAGUGCCGGUAAUCGCCAUGCCAGCCAUCAAUCGCUAAAAGACAGAAAAAUCUCCAAACAUAAUCCUAUUAAAAUGGAUAUUAAUAAAUGGAUAUUAUUGCUAUUUUUGGGUGCCUAACAAUCAGAUAUGAUGCGGCUCUUCCAUUCAUAGUGUUGUGGUUUUCACUGACUAAUCAGAUUCUUAUCCCCCAAAGCUAUUUGUAUUGAGCAAAGCAACUUAUGCGACUCAUUUUACACCACAAAAGGGCUUUAUAAACAUCUUAAUUCACUGAUUCACAACACUACAAUACUUCCGGUAUCCACCCAACCCGCUUUGUUAUUUUUUUUUUUCAAAGGGCCGCUGCUGGUAGGGGCGGAAACUGGAACUAAGGCUGUAAACAUGCGUUGUUAGACUCUCUAAAAGUCCUUUAAUUUUUUUUCUCGUCCUGGUGCUCCUGUCCUUGGUUAUUACUUCGUCGGUCGAUCAGUCGCUGCGCGACCACGUUCAGGCUCGCUUCACUUGCUAACAACUAUACAAGAGGUCGACUUGUUGCACGUCUAAUGCGCAGUUGACGUUCGAAUUUCUUACCCGCAAUUUAAUAGUUGAAAACUACUUUUGUAAACCAAAACAUCUGAUUCAUUCCGCGACGUCACCAGUACCCAAGAACUGGUUUCCGCGCGAAAUGACAAAACAGUGGUGUCGUCGCGAAAUGUCGCCUGUUUUCUUGAGCUAACUUGAGCUAACGAUUACGAGCCUUUUUUUUCCAUUCCACGCUCGGCUCGCUUCGCUCGCCAAUUUUCUUUUUCCCCCGCUCGAUUUGGGAGCCUGCAAUCAGUUCUUUUUGGGCGGAUAGAGCUAAAGUCGAAAAAGAAGGACCAACUCAGUGAUAUCGCAAGUUAGCUAGCCAACGAUCUCAUAGCCAGUUUCGCAUUAAACCCGGCAUUAAUAAAGCCCGAAGGGGGGAGGGUUCUUGUCGUACCUUUUAGGGGUUUAAAUUUGUGGAUUGGUACCGCUUAGGGUGCUAAAACAUAGAAUGACUGCUGCCAGAGUUGAUACGCUUUAUUAGGAUAAAGAUUUUUGACAAUACUUUCAAGAAGUCCUUGAGAAGAAAGUGUUCAAAAGUUAUCUUAUUACUAUUAAAAUUUGCAGGGCCAGUUACAGUAAUUUGUUGUUGUCGAAUUGGCACCUCUUAGGGGUGGAAAUGAAUUUGGAACACGCCCAUAAAACAAGAUUCUGGUACCUUUUAGGGGUGCCGUCUCGAAAUUUUAUAGGGGAGUAUCCCCCUGGCAAUAAAGCCCAAAAUUUAACUAUGUUUUGGCGCGUGAGGUUUACCAUCUGCUCAGGGACACCCAACGUCAAUUUUCGUGAAAUGUCUGUUCGGAAGAUGAUUUGAGAUGUAGAAUUCUUCUAGAAUUUUGUCUGCCUCCCUAGGAUUUUCGAACAUCUAAAAAAUGGCAUAAUUGUCCAAUUUUAACGGAUUUUUACCCUAAAAAGGUCACCUAGAAUUUUCGGGAGCCCUUUUACUGGCUGAUAUUUUCGAAAAGGUAAGUUUUGAUCCCUAUGAUUUUAUGAUCACUAGACUUUCAGCCAAGAAAUCCGAACAGAUGAAACAUUUUUAGGGGAUAAAAAAAUGACUAUAUCUAUCGUUUAAAUACUAAAAUACGUUUAACAAUGCUAUGUUAAAGUGCUUUUGAACUAUACUCUCGUUGGGUGCCCCUGUCUGCUCCAGGCCAAAACUUGUCUACACCGUGGCAAUAACUUUCUGUACGAUCAGAAGAAUACAGAUGGAAGCUGGGGUAAUAUGCGCCGCGUCGGGAACAACAUGGUUCUCGACUAACCACAGCGGAUAUUUUGUAAACUGUUCAAAUAAGCACGGAUCUCGAAAUGAAUAAACAAAUACUUCCCUGUAGUAAGUAAAGGUUUUGAAAGGUCUCUCAAGAAAUCCUGAAGUCGUAUUACACUAAUUAGAGUUUUCUUGCGGCGAGUCGAAAAGGGAUGGGCAGUUCUUUGCUCCCCUCCUUCAUGAAGUACACCAUAGAAACAUUUUUGCAGUAAAGGUGCUGGUAGGCUUUUUCUACAGAAACCACAACAGUUGGAACAGACGGGCUUUCAGUCGCGGUUAGUUUUUACAUCCGUUCCGCAAACCAGGAGAGGAAAAUAUGAAAGAUAAGCUGCUAAAAUAAUAAUACAUUUGUCCUGGGGUUACCAUUACACUCGUUUUUUAUAUAAGAAUGCCGUCGAUUUUCGAGUUGUGCCUGGAGAGUUCCUAUUAUUUUUGUUCUUACAUUUCAAUAACGGAAAUCUGCUACAUAUAAACAAAUAAGGCAAUGAUUAUAGCCUUCAUAUUAAUGAACUGUACAGGUACAAUGCAAAUGUAUUAUUGGCCGUACACAAUGUAAUGUGUUGAAAGAACAAAACUUUUUACACGCACUCUGAUUCCAAAUAGGACAUUAUGUAAUUCAGAUUUUUUGGAUCUAGGAAAUAAGUAAAAACAGUGAAAAAUGAAUUGUUCUUCUCUGAGACUCGGGUAUGUUCUAAGCACGUUCUUAAUACUUUGCAAAUUUCAGGCUGAACGUUCUUAUAAAAAAUUUAGUGUAUACGUGAUUUCUCAUCCUCGUUAAUGAUAAAGUGUUUUGAUCGUGGGUUUGAUAUAAUAGUCCGUUUAAAUUCCUACUUCGAUUUCCUGUAAGCCGCGCGCUAUAAAGAUCAAAACACUUCAGCAUUCGUUCCAUGAAGCCGGAAUUUUCUUGAGUAGCUGAGGCUUCCUCUUAGCACGUACUUUGAUUUGUUUGUUGUUGUUUUUUUCCCUUUGAUAUUGCUCCAGAGGGCUAAAAAGCUUCUCUCUUGAAAUUCGUAAAAUUCUCGUGGCAUGUUCAGGCUCUAAACUUAGAAUAGCUGAUAUAAGAUAUAAGACUGACAGAGUGAAGAGAUAGCUAUCUCGUCAUCAUGUCGUCAUACUUGGGAAACGGAAUAAACAUCGAGGUGGCCAUUGAAUACUGACAAAGUUUCAAAUGUUCAAUGCGGAAAACUCAAUCUAAAUCGAAACCGCACGAGCGGACAUAAACUUUCUUUGUUCAAUUGCUAGCCUGUGGCAAUCUUUUUGAGCCACGCACGAGCGAGUCGCGGUUAACAUCGCGCAGGAAUUCACUCCCCGCGACUCUCAAAUGGAGAGUCUGCGCAUGCCCGAAAGCAUAAACUUUCAGAUGACCAAAAUAAUUCUUCAACUAAACGUGCCGUAACAUUUAAAAGCACGUUGUAUUUAUAUAUCACUUACCAAACUUAAAAGUCUGGUAAGUUUUCGACAUAAUCGUAUAGCAGUAAAGGUUAUCCUCUUACUAAACCUGCUUCACCACAAGAGAACAAUAGUAUUCCAUGUAUCUUCACCGGUAAACGAUUCUCAACAUUUUUUCUCGCCCUAAAAAGUUUAUCUNAAACCGCACGAGCGGACAUAAACUUUCUUUGUUCAAUUGCUAGCCUGUGGCAAUCUUUUUGAGCCACGCACGAGCGAGUCGCGGUUAACAUCGCGCAGGAAUUCACUCCCCGCGACUCUCAAAUGGAGAGUCUGCGCAUGCCCGAAAGCAUAAACUUUCAGAUGACCAAAAUAAUUCUUCAACUAAACGUGCCGUAACAUUUAAAAGCACGUUGUAUUUAUAUAUCACUUACCAAACUUAAAAGUCUGGUAAGUUUUCGACAUAAUCGUAUAGCAGUAAAGGUUAUCCUCUUACUAAACCUGCUUCACCACAAGGGAACAAUAGUAUUCCAUGUAUCUGCACCGGUAAACGAUUCUCAACAUUUUUUCUCGCCCUAAAAAGUUUAUCUGCAGUAAGCUUGGGCUAUUUUAUAUGCAUACCCAGCUACUUAGUUUUUUUAUUUAUUAAUUCUUCUUCUUGUCAAAGAAUAAACCGCCUCGAAAGUUGCCUAAUUUACCGGAAGUCGAAAGAAAAUUUUCAUUUCCAGUUGGCAAAUUUUGAGUUCAUCGCAAGAGAAGCCAAUUCACAUUCAAAGAGUCAAUUUUGCACCACCCUUAUCUUGCGUGCCUAAGUACUUGCUAGUUUUGACAGUUUCUGCUUUGUUUUUCACUAAUCAUAUACUAAUCCCUUUAAAAGCUGUCCGCGUCCAGCAGAGCACCGUAUGGGACUCACUUUACAAUAUUUUUGUUUCAAUUAGGGCUUUAUAAACAACAUAACUGUACUGAACUUCACUGCAGUUUUUUCGGGAAUGUUCCCAAAACCCAACAGCUUCGUCAGAUUAAAUCUUAUCUAUUCAUCCUGUCUUGUCCUCAAUACCAUCUCAAAAGCACCAAGGCAUGGGAGCAAAAUAGCUCUCUUGUUUCAUGAAAGAGGGCAGAUACUGCGUGAUCUGAUUCUGAGAGGCGUGGUGUUAUAAGAGGAUCCCGCGCUUUGUUAGGAACGCCCUACAAAAGUCACGCUUUAUGACAUCGCAGGUGUUGCAAGAUAUUUAUCACAACUCGCUUGAUUACACGAUAAAAGUUCGCCCUAGUUUCAUUUUGCCAUAAAAAAAAAUAGUGUUUCGGGUUUCAAGAAGGAGGCACUUUUCGAGGCCAUUAAUAGCUAGUAUAUUGUGUGAUUCGUGUGGAUUCGUUCCAGCGCUCGAGGUUUUUGCAUGAAUUUUUAAACACUCGGUUGUUAAAACAACUGGGUUGCUGGUAAUGUCUUCAGUUCAGAAAUCUUCCCAGCCGGACAAGCAUAGGAGCACAGGUAACUAAACGUUCUUGCACUUUCUUUUGUCUAAAAAUUAUUACCCGAAUAGAAAUUUUAUACUAAGAACAAUGCGCUGUAAUAGACUGAGAUAACUAAAACAAAGUCAUUCGUAAAACGAAUUUGAAACUGUUGUGUGAAAGUCUUGAGUGUUUGCAUCGCCGUAAACCAUGCUCUAAUAUAAAGAUGUUGUAUAUUUGAUGCAUAGAUUUCCUCUACUAAUUGUUUUUGAAAGUUUUUCCUAUACGAAGUUUCUACUUUAAAGAGCCUACAACUCUUUCGCGUCCUCUAAUUGUUCUACACGUGGAAAUCAGGUUCACGAUUAUGGACCUCGUUAAUCCACCCUUUUUCAAUUUCAUUCGCAAUUUUCUUACCCUCGGUUUCCAUAAACAAGCUGUCGUGAAGUCCUUUAUCAUAAACUUUUUCUAGUCAUCCGUUCAUGCGUUGAAAUUAAUUUUACGCCUUUUGCCAACGAACUUUGGCUACAAUUCAUCGUGUUUUUGUUCACUGAAGUGCCUCCCCGCGGUGAAUCAUAGCUAUAAUAAGUAGUUCACUUUAUAUCAGUAGUUAUGAACUUGCCAUGGCGAUGGCAUGUGCUAAAUACCUUGACGAAUGGUAUAUCUGCGUUAUCCCUUCAACCGUUCUCGAGACUGAACUAUCAAAUUUUCUAGCACCUCAAUUUCAAUAGAACUGUUUUUAGUUUCAAAAAACAAUGGAAUCACAUGUUGUAACGUGUUUUCAAUAAGCAGCAAUAAAUACCCCGCGAACUGUACUCCACCCAUUUGAACCAAAUGUUUACAAACUGACUCUCCGAGAAAGAAUUUUCAAAUUCCCGGCUUAAGCUGAAACAACGAAAGUUUCCAGUUGAAUUAAAAAUAUAUCGGCACUUCAAGGUUGGCGCGGGUUUUCUUUUCAAUAUAUCCGCUACCAUAACUCAACAUGUUUAAUUUUUCUUGAAAAUGUAAACCUGUCAAGUUCCACGAGUGACCGUUUCCAGCUGUUUGGCCGCGCCAAAUUAAGAAAGCCUUCGGUCCCAAGCUGUAUUAGUCCAACACUAAAAACCGUCAAUUGUCGUUAUAGACUAAGACAUUGUUUUGACUAAGUUAGUCAAUUUUCUUUCUUUCCAUUGGUUUUAGUAGGCCAAUUUUUUAUCAUUACUUCUAGGUAACGACAAAACCUUUCACACGCUUGCUUGAACAAAAACACAGUGACAGUAUUUAACGUCCGUGAACACAUGUUGAAACCGAAAUCACCCACCUGUUGCACGCAUGCACGAUUUUACAAGUUUCACAUAGAGUCUUCGAACUCAGAAUCAGGCAUAAAUAUUAAGAAACGCUUAGAACUGUCUGUAUGUCAUGUGGGAAAUAAUAAUAAAACAAUAAUUUGUUGAUAUUCACGGUAUUCAAUGAACAAAAACGGCUACAAUUUUAUUGGUGCUUGUAUUGUAUAAUCAGUGGACGGGGAUUUCUAGUUGUGAGAUGGAUUUAAGAGAGAUUAAUAAUUGUUUAAAUUGGAUUUGUCUUUUUAUUUUCUCGUUGUUCAAUAAGAACCUGUAAGAAUUAUAUAUGAAUCGGCAGACAACUUUCCAGUUUAUAGCAGAUGCCAAAACAUUUGCAAAAAGUAGUUGCGGACCUCAGCUAAAAUGAUGAAUAUGUACUGAUAUGAAUUUUAUGUAUUUAAAAGCGGGAAAGAAAUACAUGUAGAGAAGACCAUCACAGUUAAAUAAAGUCAACUCUCUCUAAGACGCACACCUUUGAGACCAGAGGUGUCUGUCUUAUAGAGAGUCAAAUAUUGGGAGUAAAGAAAGGCAGGGACCAACUCUAGGUGUCCAUUUUACAGAGGUGUCAGUCUUAUACAGGUGUUUGUUAAGAAAGAGUCGACUGUAGGCAACUUAUAUUUUAUGUAGUAAGACUUAUCGCGACUGCAAAUUUGCUUUUUUCAACUGUGAUGUUCUUCUCUGCAUUUAUUGAUUUUAUUUCUUCAUCUCACAGUUCAAAAUUAUGAAAUUCAUAGCGGAGCCCUCGCGCGAUCAAAAGCGCGGGCAGCGGAGCACUAUGGGUAAGAAAAGAUGAAGACUGAAAUGAUGAAUACAAUAUAGACAUUUAGCCACGCCUAAAAGCGUAGUCUACUCAAACAAAAUAUAAAAUCGUGUAAUGCUAAACGGCGACGGUAGCGAGAACUGCAAAAAAAAUCCAUAGGUCUAAUUAGCAGAAAAAAAACUUUGCAGGUGCGGCACACUUUUUUGUUCAUUUAUUUGCUUUUGCUUGCGUUUGUUUGCACGACUACAACUUAUAACUUCCAGAAACGUCCUAGUUACGUAUGUGUUCCUGUUCGGAUUUUUUUUUCACCGCCGCUCACUUCAUCUUGGUGGCCAAUUUUCUCACCGCCGCUAUAAAAUUUUCAUGUUUCUUUUCACGGAGUAAAGAAAUUCGUCUCCUUUGUUUUUUUUUUAUAUCUGCCUCUUGUUCUUUUUUCUGUUAUCCACGUCAACGUAGACAUAGAAAUUUACUCGAAAAAAAGACUCGGCUUUGUCGUUGAUUUUUCCUCUCUAAAAAUCCGGGUGGCCAUUCGAUUUACCGCCGAUACGCGCGGGUGCUUGAAAUGCGAAAUUUCACCUUAUCAGGACCAAAACCAACUUUGGUAUAUUAUGUAGUAAGGCUCGUCCCAACUGCGUAAGCUGCUUAUUUAAUUAUGAUGAUCUUCUCUUCAUUUAUUUCCCUUUCAUUUCGCAGUUCAAAUAUAUGAAAUUCAUGUAUUCAUUAUUUCAUCUUCAUCUUUCUCGGGUAUAUUACGAACCAAUUAAUGGCCAGCUCCCAGUCUGCUUGCUAGUUCAAUUGGUUAGGGCGCUGCACUGGUAUCGCAGAGCUCAAGGUUCCAAUCCCAGCAAGCCUAAAUAUUUUCAGGCUUGCUUUUCCAGUUUGAAGCUGCAUAAGCUGCUCAUUUAAACAAUCUGAAGGUCUUUCCUUCUAUUUCUUGUUCCCAAACAGUUGUUUACCACGUUCUAGACACCUUCAUUCGAGAGAAUAUGCUUCGCAGAUUCUUUAGCUUUCGCAGACCAAAACUGGAUGAGAAGGAAACAGUUGAUGAGCUUGAGAAAGAAAACAUUGCUCCGAACUCUCAGGUACAAGGCAAAAAUAAAUUUAAAGGGACAGGUUCAUGAUUCAGCGCAUGCUCAUUAAUUAAAUUACUUUUUUCCAAUUUAUUAAUUAUUCUAUCGAUUAAAAAUCCAACUCACAUGUAUCUCAGUGAUCUCAAAGUGUAUUUCAAAGUAGAAGUGCAUUUCAGAGUAACCUGAGGUAGAAUGGAGGGGCACUAAAAUCGCAGAAAAAAAUUAGUGGAUUAUGCCAACACUACCAACGUUGAAUUUAUUGUUAACCCGAAGGUUUUAUUUCUUUUAAGCAAUUUGCUCCUAAGUUGAUCAAGUGACUGCCUGGGGAGUUUGCAGAUUGGUUCUUUGACAACAUUAUGACAUGAUCAUAUUGCCUGCAUAGACGGUACAGCAUGUCCUGGCAGAAAAACAGCAUUUUGAUUAAUGAGCAUGCGCUGAACCGUGAACCUGUCCCUUUAAAACAUCGUUGGUAGCAGAACAGAGGGAUAUCCCGAAUGAACAGGGAUAUCCGUCACAAAAUUAUAAUUAUUAAUUAUUAGAGAAUAAUAUGGUGUGGAUCAGGCUUUAUUUGUCCCUUGCCUAGUCCCUAGGCCUCAUUAUUCCGCGCGGCCAUUGCGUGUCGAGUCACGUGGUCCGAGUGACUUCGUCUCGGAUCGUCUCGUAUUCGUCACGGAAAUGCAUUGACUGACAAGAACACACUGAAUAUUGACUGAGAAGGCCUGGAGACACGCCCUACAUGGAGUGGGUAAAUUUGACCCCUAGAUGGGUAAAAAUAUUGGCUUUCCGUCCUGAAAACCAUAAUUGAGACCGUUUAUAUUUUUAAGUGAGAGGACGAGCAUUUCUCCAUCUUUCAUGUCUGUCCCACCCCUCUCCCUCCCCGGAGUUGCAGAUACUUCCACAUGUCAGAUUUUCGCUUUUAAAGAUGUCCUUUUUAUGAUUGCAGACAAACCCGCUGGCGAUCUCCAAGACAACCGUGGGGGAAGGCAAAACAAAUUCAACUGGCACAGCUGAAUUGGACACAACAACAAACACAGAAUCCAAGGACUGUACGAAGAAUCAGAAUCCUCUCGACAAACCCGACAACAAAACUGUUGAGGAUGAACUCUCGCAGAAAGAAAAAGGAAUUUCUAAUACAGAGCUACAAAAGAGAACUUCCACACUUUCGGAUACUGAAAGGUAUGCGAAGGGAAAAACAAAAACGACGUACGUACCAUAUUUACUUGAUCUCGAUUUAACCCCACCCAUGAAAACAAGCCUCCCUGGAAUUAACGUUGCACCCAAUUAAAAGAAUGCGGCGGUUAUAUGAGGCUUAACUGAUAAUUGAUUGAUUGCUAAUCUACACUGUUCAGACCCCACAGACAAUUACAAUUCCAUUUCAGUAGAUAAAGCGGAACACUGGAACUUUAAACAUCUUGCUGUUUUACAUAAUUUUUGUAAAUGAUUAUUGUAUUUGUUUACAGUGACCUAAGCAAUGUGAUUUUGAAAUGAACGCCGUCCUUGAAUCAGGGGCACCCAACGAGAAUAUAGUUCAAAACCACUUAAACAUAGCAUUGUUGAACGUAUUUUAGUAUUUAAACGGUAGAUAUAGGCAUAUUUCUAUCCCCUAACAACUUUUCAUCUGUUCGGAUUUUCUACCUGAAAGUCCAAUGAUCCGAAAAUUAUAGGGAUCAAAACUUACCUUUUCGAAAAUUUCAGCCAGGAAAAGGGCUUCUGAAAAAUCUAGGUGACCUUUUUAGGGUAAAAAUCCGUUAAAAAUGGACAAUUAUACCAUUUUUUAAAUGUUCGAAAAUCCUAGGAGAGGCAGGCAAGCAAGAAAUUUUACAGCAAAUGUGCCGAAAAUUCUAGAUCUCAAAUAGUCUUCCCAACAGAUAUUUUCCAAAAAUUGACGUUGGGUUCCCCUGUUGAAUAAACGCCGCAUUAAAUACGCUUAAAAUUUAAUUAAUGCUGUGGCGUUUAAUCGAACAAAUAUGGUAAACGAAUCAAUAAAACGUAACUCGACCAGAGUUGUACUCAACUUUAUCUAUAUAGAGGGUCCUUAGUCCUCUCUGCCAUUAAUGAAAUCCUAAUAAGUUCUGAUCGGCUGAUGCAUUUCUGGCGCGAAAGCGAAUCUAUAAAUAACUUGAAAAUCCAUUACGUGGGGAGGCCACGAAGCUUUUACAGCGAGUUGUUUUAUUGGCUAACGAAACAAUGGAUGAAUCACCCAAACAAUGCUCCAAGCCUGGCUAAAAACAAUAGCAGGUGUGUUUUUAAGGAGUAUAUUAAAGAUGAAACAACAGCAACAUGAUAUUAAUUUUGAGGAGGACUCGGAAAAAAAUUCCGAGUCCCAGAUGGGAUUUGAACCCACGACCCUCCGUGAUCUAGUCGGAUGCUCUAACCACUUGAGCUACUGGAGACUCUAAGGUGAGCAAGGGCCAAUUUGUGGGUCUCGACUGGAACCGCAUCACGCGGCUACACAGCCAAGUAAUGACUGGCAAGAACUCACUAACAGCAUCGCGCUGUCACAUUAAAGCAUAUCCAAGAUGCAGCCAACCAACCUCCAAAGUGAGUAUAUUAAAGAUGAAACAACAACAACAUGAUAUUAAUUUUGAGGAGGACUCGGAAAAAAAUUCCGAGUCCCAGAUGGGAUUUGAAGGGCCCUUAAAAAUAGGGCUUUCUGAGGGCACGCCGAACAAGACCGGAGCCUAGAGAGUGGCAGAAAUCGAGCCUAAGGGCUUCGUGGCUUCAGGAAACAGACAGAUUCUUGAAUGUUAGAAGUUUCAAACCUUUGUUAUCUUUCCCUUUACGUUUCAGUGACGUGAAUGAGUGUGAGAAACUCAAAAAUGAUGUGUCUUCUGUUCUCAAAGAGACAGACUCGUGUGAAAGUACCAAAGAUGAAGAAUCGGAUCGCUGUGAAAGCACGAUAUCUGCUGAUGAUAAAGAUGAGAGUGGCAUUGAACAGGAUUUUGAACCUACUGGAGAUGAGCCAGCCAUAAAGUUAAAGCCAAACGAUUACAACAACGAACCACGGAUAAAGAACGAGUGCCCGGAUAACUCUAUAACCGAAAAUGUAUCCACAGAACUGAACAAUGACCUUGAAAGUUCUGCGAAGACAACAGAGAGUCUUCCAUCGCCACUGGUUCCUAUCAAUCUCAAGUCUCACCUAAAACGAAAUGAUAAAAUCAAGUCACCAAAUCGAAACUUUAAUCUGGUAUCGGGCAACAUGGAGCAUAUUUAUAAAAGCUGUAAGAGCUCUCCUGAGAAAUGCGCAAGUUUCACACCCUUAGCAAACACUAACAAGCCAUAUACAUCACCUUACAGAACACAAUACUCUCGGAGGCCUCUUGCUACUACACCUGCAUGGCAGCACCGUCGCAGUAAGGCCCCUGAAAUGUUUGGGGACAUUGUCAUAAAAGAUCGUUUCAAAGCAAGAACCCAAUUUCCGUCUCCUUCACGAAAAGGUAUUUUGAAACAUCCGAACGGGUCUAGAUUGGCUUCAAAUGGAGUAAAGCAUGCAACAGCAACCAAGAAAAGCAAACUUAGUCCUCCUAAAGGUAGGUUAUCAUAUAUAUCAACUAUUGUAGUAAUAACCAAAGGUUACGGAGUGCGCGCGACUACGAUCGAAAGUCAAAACGCUUGUGCUCCAGCGCUGUGCUUUGCGUAAGUUUCACCUGAAAGAUGGUCAAAAACACACGUGGUAAGAUUACGAGUGAUAGAAAGUCCAAACUUCGUGAUCAAACUGCGUUCUGUGCCGUUUUGUGCAUUCCAUACAUUAGGCUGAUUUAGCAACAGAACGGGAACGUUAUUCGACGACGGGAAAGCGCGCGGAAAGGACUAAACUCGACUUCCGGUGCCUAAUUUGCCGCUCAGCCACUGGUCAAGCCAGUUGUUCGAUUUGCGCGCGCCGUUGUCAACUGACGUUCCCGUUCUGUUGCUAAAUCAGCCUAAUGUUGGUGGAAGUCCAAACGAAUGCUGGCUACAUACCUGCGAUGCGUGCGUAAUAACAGCUUGGAGAUUAGGAGUGUGGGUUUCUCUUGUCGCCCGCAAAUAUAUCAAAAAUGGUAGGGAGGGCGAAACCAAAGAACAACUGAUUAGUUGUGUAAUGAAAAAUUGAACAGAUCAACAUAAGCUGCGUUGUCUUUAUUCAGCCAGUGAACAAACAGUUACAAUCUGCCGCAUGGAGUUUAAAAUCACGCUGAUCGCACGGGCCAGAAUUAGCCGCCGACUAGAUUUAACUUUGUACGAAAUAAGGCUAAAAGUGUCAGUGGGCUUUUAACUCGUUGUUUGAAGCGCGAAAAUGCGAUCAUCAAGCAGUACCAUACAGUUUUCUUAGAAAGUUCAGUGAUACUUUACAAUAAACCUCAUUUCAUACCGUAUCUACUUGUACAUAUGUAACAUGUUAUCUGCAUUUCAUGUUUGUACUAACUCACUCGGUAAGUCUGUUUUUCAGUCUAUCAAGCCUGCUUGUUCCAUUUGCUCGUCUGUGAUCUUGUUAUGUUUGUUGCAGUAUAGUGGUAACGUAUUGGCUAUGUUGUGUCAAUGUUUUUGUUAUUGUAACGUUGCCAAAACCAGAAAGGUGUGUUCAUCCUGUUCAUCGUUGUCUUUUUCUUCUGUUUUCUAUUUAAACUAAUUACAUUAAAAUACAAAAUGAACUUUAUCACAAGUAGGUUUACUUAUACGCAAAUAACUCCUUUUUCCACUUAAGCUCUUGGGCAUUACGUCAUGACAUGUAACCGUUUGUUAGUUUCUUUCACCAGGAAUAAAAGAAUUAAGUGUACUCAGGGGUUUCAGGCUUUGUUUAUGAUCCAUCUUAUCAGUUAAUCAGUAUUAGUACUAAGCAAUGUUAAGGUUUAUUCUGGUUAUAUGGUUGUAAGGUCUUGUAACCAAUAUAUCAACCGGAAGCUGUUUCCGCAUGGUCCGUAUAUUUUGUAAAAAGAACUAUUCUGAAAUUAUGAUAUGCUCUGACCGAAAGGCAUCACUAGGAGAUUCCCUCUCUGCGUUAUCAUAAUCUCUUUUAAUCAUUUAGAUUACUGAUCCCUUUAGCUUGAGAAAACGGCCGACAUUUCGCGAUGACACCACUGGUUUCCCCGCGAAAUGCUGUCUGAGAAACGCGCUCAGAAAUUCAACCAAUCAGGAAGCGCUAUGCAGAUCUGGGUAGUGACGCGUCAUCAGUAUGGAAUUUCUGCCGUCGUUCCUUAGUUGUCAUUUCGCAGCGAAACCAGUGGUGACGUCGCGAAAUGUCGGCUGGUUUUUUUAAGUAGAUGGUGGAUGAAAACAAGGGGAGAGAGAAGUAUCUUUUAUCAAGGAUGAUUGCAAAUAACUGAGUAAUAAAAACUUUUUGCUAUGAUUUUACUGACCGACACCAACGUAAUGAGGUUCUUUGGGUACAAUUUCAUGCAGGAAAAAGAAACUCUACGUCGUCUGACAGCGGGCUCAGCGACGAGGAAGGUUCCAGCGGCGAGGAGCAAAAACGCAUGCCUGUCAAAAAGAUCUUCAGUAACCAGCAGGCACUGCGAAAGAAAAUCGAUGAUUUGAAUGGAAUGCUGAAAACAAUGGAACAACAAAAGGCGGAGUUACAGACCGUGCUCAGGAUCAUAGAGGAAUGGUCCGAGGAUUUACGGAGCGUGGAGAGGACUAAAUUAGGCGUCCCUUACAUUAGAGCUGUUAAGCAAACGCUUGGUAAGUCGGUUUUCAUCCAGCCCCCCACAACCCAAGUUUUGGCUUGAGUGACGUUGGCUUAGGAGAGGGGUGGGUGAAGACAUUUUCUCGGAGUCUUACCCAUUCGUCUUACACGAAGUUCUACCACUCUGACCUCGCUAUCCCCUAUUUUUUUCGUAAUAUCAUCAGGGUUUAGUGCUUACCGGUACGGGCGACUAUUUUGGUUUCAUAUGUACCGAGGGGAUGGGCGACGGCGGUUUUGUUGUGGGGGUUGGGAGUUGGGUUGGGAGGCGAGAAAAACAUUUUUUUCUCGCCUUCUCCUAAACUGUCCGCCACCCCUUAAGUAGAUUUGACACUCAUUCGGAACAUCUGAAACAGCUUGAAACAGCCCGUUCCGCAAAGCGCUCGGUCUCGACAAUCCUGUGGGAAAUAGGGGAUUGUAAACAGUCUAUGUAUAGUGAUUUGAGAGAAUGAUACACGACAGUUCUCAUUAACUGUUUGCAGUUUCAUGGUUUUCUUUUCACUUUAGUACCAAGACAGGUACCAAGGGGAAAUGGGGCAAUUGAACUCCCGCUUCGAAGUAUUCACUGUUUUAACUGUAUUUUUUCUUUUGACAGCUAAACAGCGAGUAGCAUUGAGCAGGAAAAAAAGCGAUUUCAACAGAAGACUCACGAAGCUGAAAGAAGCUGAGGUUCCAUUUAAUGAAGAGUUUGGUAAUCUGAUUCAGCAACUAAGAAAAGAAGUCACUUACGUGGUUCGAGACCAAAGAAAAUACAGCGUAAGACGAGUUGAAAACAUUCGACAGCUUCAGGGUAGAGUGAUUGGAACUUGUAAUGCAAUUCUAGCAGUUUAUUACGAAGGAUAA